AUGAUUGGAAACAGGACUUUGAAUGAACACGGACGAGUGAGUCUUUUGGCUCGGGAACUGCAGACGGUUGGAGUGAGCGUGGCUGCGAUUCAGGAGGUGCGGUGGCCUAGAACUGGAGAACGUGAAUUCAGGACGGUGAAUCCCAUCACCAACACUUCUGUCAAAUACAGCGUCUACUAUAGCGGCGGCGAAAAGGCAGAACGUGGAGUUGGUUUCAUAGUGAUCGGAAAGCAGAUGAAGCGUGUUAUAAGGUGGAAACCGGUUAGCGAGCGAAUCUGUGUAUUGGUUAUCAACAUCUAUGCACCGACAAACGAUAAACCCGACGACGUCAAGGACGCGUUUUACGAAUGUCUCGACAAAACCUACGGAGAGUGCCCAAAGCAUGACGUGAAAAUUGUUAUCGGGGACACCAACGCUCAGGUCGGUAGAGAGGACUUUUUCCGUCCAAUCAUUGGUAAGGAGAGCCUUCACUCUGUAACCAAUAACAACGGCCUGAGACUCGUGACCUUCGCUGCAGCUAGAGGGAUGGCCAUCAGCAGCACUUACUUUGCACGUAAAGACAUCCGUGAGCACACCUGGAUGCACCCGAAUGGCGAAACUUGCAAUCAAAUAGACCAUGUCCUGGUAGACAGCCGACAUUUCUCGGAUGUUAUAGAUCGCUUCUCAGCAGAAGGUGUGACGGACGAGUACCGCCAGAAGCUUGAUGAGCGAAUAAGGGGAAUCAACGUAGACGACAAUCUCAACAAUCUGUGGGAGUAA